AUGGAAUGUGCGCGUUUGGAAGUUCCAACUUCCUCAUUUUAAGAAAGUUCUUUCAUUUUUCUCGUCACAGGAAUAGUCAAGCAUAGUUUUAGCGUUUUACCUGUAGAACAGUUUCAUAUUGAUCUGAAGUUUAAAGUGAAAUAACGUUAAUCGUCGUUGUUAUCAGUUUGCGGUUGUUAUCAGUUUGAGGUUUAACUCUUUCUGAAGCGAUCCCGAAUGAACUCCGAACGCUCCGAGUCUCAACGGAACGAUCGAACACCAACAAUGGACUUCUUCUUUAUUCCCUUGUCUUUCAGAAUUAUUCAUAUAACUCUUAUCAUUUUAGUCCCGUUACAUUUGGAGGGUGUGUUUGGUGUUGAUGUGAAGUCAGUGAUGGAGGGAGAUUCUGUCACUUUAUACACUGAUCUUACUGAAAUACAGAAAGCUGAGCUGAUACUGUGGACGUUUGGAUCUGGAAACACUCGUAUAGUUCAGAUCAACCGAAUGUCCCACAAGAUCUCAAUAUAUGAUGAUGUUCUUGAUGGGAGAUUCAGAGACAGACUGAAGCUAGAUAAACAAACUGGAUCUCUGACCAUCACAAACACCACAACUCAACACACUGGACUCUAUGGAUUUUUACAGAUCAUUGGUGGAAAACAGGCCACGCACAAAAAAUUCAAUGUUAUUGUUUCUGCUCAUCUACCUGUUCCUGUCAUCAGCGGUAACUCUUCACAAUGUUCUUCAUCAUCAUCAUCAUCAUCAUCAUCAUCAUAUUGUUCACUGCUGUGUUCAGUGGUGAAUGUGGGUCAUGUGACUCUCUCCUGGUACAAAGGAAACAGUUUAUUGUCCAGCAUCAGUGUGUCUGAUCUCAGCAUCAGUCUCUCUCUACCUCUGGAGGUGGAAUAUCAGGAGAAAAACAGCUACAGCUGUGUGAUCAACAAUCCCAUCAGAAACCAAACCACACAUCUGGACAUCAGCAAACUCUGUCACACAUGUUCAGCAUCGGAUUCAUCCACACAUUAUAUAGUGCUGGGUUGCUUUAUUGCUCUGGCUGUGGUUGCAGUUUUCUGUGGCUAUUACUAUCACCAAAGGACAUCUAAACAAGCAGUUAAUCAAGGCCAACCUGAUGGAGAAGAACACAUCGGGCUGACUAAUGGUGUAGUAAAUGGGAACACUGGAGACACUGUUCGACCAAACAUUGCAGAUGCAGAAACACCUGAUCCGGAUAAACAUUCACAAAACAGUGAUUUUAUCGUGAAAGAUGAAAUUAAGUUGAUGAAAACGAUGAGUGGAAAGUCUGUCACGUUACACAGCGAUCUCACUGAAAUCCAGGACGAUGAGCUGAUCUGGUGGAAAUUUGCUGAUUCCAGUGGAAACAAAGAGGCUGUGUUUACAGUCAUAGCUAAAUGGGAUAAAACAAACAAUGAGGAAAACCUAUGCAAUGAAGAAAGAUUCAGAGACAGAUUGCAUCUGGACCACAACACUGGAUCUCUGACCAUCACAAACAUCACAAAUGAACUCUGUGGACAUUAUAAACUACACAUCACCAGUGACAGACUGAAGAACUCCACGACAUUCAGUGUUGCUUUUUAUGAUCAGAAGAAAAGACCAGAGAUCCAGAGGAUUGGCCUUGAUAGCAGAAGAGUAAACAGUUUUUAAACUCUGGGAUAUUUCAAUUCAGUUUCCACAACAAUUCAGUUCCCAAAACAAUGGAACAUACAGUAGUUGUAUUUUUUUUUUUUUGACAGCCACCUAAACUCCCAAAUUAAAUUCAAGCUGCCAUUAAACAGCAGCUUGUAAUCCUAUGGUGAAAAUAAGCAAAUUACUGUAGUAUUUUAAAACAGCUAAACUGUUGUCACACUAGAAUGGAAGUAAAAAAAUACAAUUGUAUUUGAUUCCAUUUUCUUUGCAUCUUCUCUGUAUCUGUAAGGUUUCUUUGAAGAACAACAUAGAACAUUUUUUUUAGGUUUUUGAUUAUUAUGGAGCCCAAAUAACCUGUUGUCAUUUUUUCUAACCCUGUUUGUAAUUUCAUGUUUUUACACUGCAUGUCUGUUAUAGUUUGUAAGAAAAACUUUAAUGUUUUGUAUUUUUUUGCAUUUUAGCAAACACCUUCAUCCAAGUGACUCACAGUGCAUUUAGUCUAACAUGUUUUACCUAACACGUGUUUUCUGGGAAUCGAAACCACAACCUUUUGCGCUGCUAACGCAAUGCUCUACCACUGAGAACACUUUGUUCAGGGUUAAUGAACAUAACAGUGAUGUCUGAACGUUUUAUGCCCUCUAGUUGACAAUCUAAAGGUUGCACUGUUUCACACAGUAAAUGAGAGACUUAUUUUGCUCCUAAAGUUCAGUUUAAGCCUCAUUAACAACAAAAUAUGAACUUUAUAAUAAUAGUUAUAAUAAUAAAAGCAUGUUGUAUUAAAUAAUUGUGUUAUAUCUCAAGUGCUAUAAUCUAGGACUAAUUAUCUUGGUAAGUAUAGCCUAC